AUGAGUACAGCUACAACACAAAAAGAGACAUCAGAUAUGGAGAAAGAAGAACUUGGGAAAGAACUGGCACGUGCUUUGGAAAAGGUUGAGUCGCCUAAAAUUGAAUUGCGAACAGCCAUAUCACAAAAGGAGACUUCAGAUAUGGAGAAAGAAGAAAUAUGGAAAGAGUUGGCACAUGCUAUGGAAAUGGUUAAGGCCGUAAAAUGUGAUUUGAUGACAGCUACAUCACAAAAAGAGACAUCGGAUAUGGAGAAAGAAGAACUUGGGAAAGAACUAGCACGUGCUUUGGAAAAGGUUGAGUCCCUAAAAAUUGAAUUGCGAACAGCCAUAUCACAAAAGGAGACUUCAGAUAUGGAGAAAGAAGAAAUAUGGAAAGAGUUGGCACAUGCUAUGGAAAUGGUUAAGGCCGUAAAAUGUGAUUUGAUGACAGCUACAUCACAAAAAGAGACAUCGGAUAUGGAGAAAGAAGAACUUGGGAAAGAACUAGCACGUGCUUUGGAAAAGGAUGAGUCCCUAAAAAUUGAAUUGCGAACAGCCAUAUCACAAAAGGAGACUUCAGAUAUGGAGAAAGAAGAAAUAUGGAAAGAGUUGGCACAUGCUAUGGAAAUGGUUAAGGCCGUAAAAUGUGAUUUGAUGACAGCUACAUCACAAAAAGAGACAUCGGAUAUGGAGAAAGAAGAACUUGGGAAAGAACUAGCACGUGCUUUGGAAAAGGAUGAGUCCCUAAAAAUUGAAUUGCGAACAGCCAUAUCACAAAAGGAGACUUCAGAUAUGGAGAAAGAAGAAAUGCGGAAAGAGUUGGCACAUGCUAUGGAAAUGGUUAAGGCCGUAAAAUGUGAUUUGAUGACAGCUACAUCACAAAAAGAGACAUCGGAUAUGGAGAAAGAAGAACUUGGGAAAGAACUAGCACGUGCUUUGGAAAAGGAUGAGUCCCUAAAAAUUGAAUUGCGAACAGCCAUAUCACAAAAGGAGACUUCAGAUAUGGAGAAAGAAGAAAUGCGGAAAGAGUUGGCACAUGCUAUGGAAAUGGUUAAGGCCGUAAAAUGUGAUUUGAUGACAGCUACAUCACAAAAAGAGACAUCGGAUAUGGAGAAAGAAGAACUUGGGAAAGAACUAGCACGUGCUUUGGAAAAGGAUGAGUCCCUAAAAAUUGAAUUGCGAACAGCCAUAUCACAAAAGGAGACUUCAGAUAUGGAGAAAGAAGAAAUGCGGAAAGAGUUGGCACAUGCUAUGGAAAUGGUUAAGGCUGUAAAAUGUGAUCUGAUGACAGCUACAUCACAAAAAGAGACAUCGGAUAUGGAGAAAGAAGAAAUUGGGAAAGAAAUGACACGUGCUUUGGAAAAGGUCGAGGCCCUAAAAAGUGAAAUGCAAACAGCCAUAUCAGAAAAAAAUACAUCGGAUUUUGAGAAAACAAAGAUUGAAGGAAGACUGGCAACUGCUAUGGAAGAGUUGGCCACAAAAAAAAUAGGGCUACACUCAGUACGGAAACACAGACCACAAUGGAUUUGCUGGAACUUAGUAACUGGGAAGUACGAACAUAUGAAAUGA